CCUAUAAACUUAAGCAUAUAAAAUUUUAUAAAUGUGCAUUAAGUGAACUAUCACAAUUUAAACCCAGGCUAUAGUAAAAUAGUAAAAUGUAAAUAAAUGAUCACUCUUAAUAAGUUUCUUUCUUUUACAUGUUUUUAACAAUCGCAGGACAUUAUGACACUAAACUUCAGUUUCUGUCAUUCUUAAUACUUAUUUUUUCUGUUUGUUUUAUGUGAUAUUUUAAGCAAGGGGAAUUUUGGAGAGAAGGAGAAAACAUCAGUAUGAAAAUGUUUGCAUUAUUGUCAAUCAAGUGUCUUUCUUUCUUUCUUUCUUUCUUUCUUAAUUUCUGAGUUAUUAAUUAAAUUUCUGAAUUAAGGAAUCACAAUAAAGAUCUCAAUGUGAGACUAGUCAUUACAGUCUUUGUUAUGUGUUCAUGACAUCUGGCCUCUAAGUGAAUUUUUGCAUAUUCUGCUGACUAACAAAUUGCAAAUUUGCGUUUCUAUAUAUUUAAGGAGUCUGCCUUACGACUGUACUUACUGACUUGCUUCCCACAGAAGAGAUGAAGAUUUUCUGGGUUGCUCUUUUCCUGUCAGCUCAUUGUGAGCUGACUUUAACUUUGAACAGGAAACACAUUUUUAUUAAUAAUGCCAAGACUUGGAGCGAUGCUCAGAAGUUUUGCAGAGAGAAUUAUGCCGACCUGUCCAUCAUAGACAGCCAAGUGGAACUUCUAAGGUUCAAAAACGAUUCAAAAAAUCAGAGAGCUGAUAGCACACAAAGCUGGAUUGGACUGAGCAAGCCCUCUGCUAAUGGCACAUGGGUGUGGAAUGAUGGAAGCGAUGAAAUUUCUAUGACAUGGCGGAUUGGUCAGCCGGACAGCCCAAAUACUGCCUUUUGUGGUAAGAGUUUAGGUGGUGAAUUGUAUGAUUACGAUUGUGCUAUUUUCUGCUAUAAGUGGGUGCCUGAACUGAUCCUGGUAAUGGAGAAGAAGAGCUGGGAGGAGGCUUUAGAACACUGCAGGACUCAAUACUCUGGCUUGGCCUCUCUGUCAACCAGUUUGCUUCACUUCCGAGCCAAUAAUGAGACUGUAGACUUGCAAACCCCCAGUGUGUGGACAGGUGUGCGCUUCCUGGCAGGCUCCUGGUUCUGGGUCAAUGGGGAGUCUCUGGGAAAUUUGGACCAGCUGCCAGAAUGCCCUGCCAGGCCCCUUUACUGUGGAUCUCAAAACCUGGCAGCUAAAAGUUGGGAGAACAGAGACUGUUCAGAGAAACUGAAUUUUGUAUGUUAUAAAAGAUCAGGGUAAGAACAAAAGCAUAUAUAUAUGUAUAUGUUUCAGUCAAUUGUGUCUGAUUGUUUA